CAGAAAUCUUGGAUCAUCUACGUCAAGAUUGGUUUGAUGGAUUUUUGUUGGAACACUGCCCUUCCGGCCUGUAGCUUUUUGGAUUCCAUCCCAUGAUCUUCAAUCGUCACUACACGCGCAUAGCGGCCAUGGUGCUACACCAGUGAGCGCACGUGGCGGACGACCUUGAUUAUGGAAGAGCUCAUGGUCGAGGCGGGCCCGGCGGGCACGUCCAAGGGCACGCUGCAACUGGUGCUGUGCGUGGUGAGCUCCGCAGUGGCAGGGAUUGGCAUCGGCCUCUUUGGAUGUCUCCUCUCAGCCUCAGAUCACCUCAGGCGCCGCAACGCGGGUGUCCACACGGGCAAAAGCCGAUGCUUCCAGGUCUUGGGAAUCAUUGGUUCCAUCGUCUUUGGCUUGGCCUCCUUGGUGGGACUGAUCUUUGGCUCGGUGAGUCUGGCUACGGUGGUGCGCGCCGGAUCCACGCUGCCCUCCAACGCCGUCUUUAGUCAAAUGCUGGGUUUGCGCCCGCUGGUGAGAGACGAUGUCCUUGGAACUUUGGUGACCAUCAGUGGCAUCGUGAGCUUUACGAUUUUCCAGGGAUGGGCUUUCUACCAGCACAGCCGCAGCGAGUACCUCAUGCACAUGGCCAGGCCCGCAUCUUUGGUCUGGCAAGGCUUUUUGCUGAUUGCUCAAGUGAGCUCUGUUUGCUGGCUUUGCAACAACCGGAGUCCACCCCGGGACCGGAAGGAGGAGCGUGGUCCCGCGCGGAAGCGCGCAGUGGCUGCCACGAUGAUUUGCGCUUGCUCAUCUGCUUUCAUGGACUUAGCCGCGAAAGGCUGGUCGUCGUUUCACGUGAAGGAAGAUGACUUCAUUGGGCGGCUAGAUCCAGGCUUCUCCUCCCCCGUCUUCUGGACCUGUCUGUCGGGGAACGUGAUCUUUCUUGUGCUCAUGCGCUGGGGCACCAUCUAUGGAUGUCGCCGCUGUGAUGUCUUAAUCUUUGUGCCUUUGAAUACCACGGCCAACAUCAUCUUGAGCGUGGCCUCGGGGAUGAUCUGUUUGGCCGAAUAUCGCUCCGUGAAAUCGUGGCCGGGCUUGGUCACGGCUGGAGUCUCCAUGCUUUGUGGCAUUUUCAUGUUAGUCACCGGCCCCGCAGAGACGACCCCCAGCACCACCUUGAGCAUCGUCGACUCUGAAGGUGGCAGCAAGCAGAGCAUCUCUGAGGAGGAGUCUCCCCAAUCCUUUGCGCGGAGUGGUACCUCUCAAAGCUCGGGAUUGGGUGAUCCCGAAAUCUCUGCCACCUGUGCAUCUGACUCAGCCAUCUCGCCUUCCAGCAAGCUCAGGAGGCGUAUCCCUGGACUGAGCUUCGUCUAUUUGAACCGCGUGCACCGCCGUGCGGCGGCCGCCAACGCACGUUUGAGCCGCGAACUGAGCAGCACCACGUUCCCGCGUGAGACGCGGGAAGAGGCGGAGGAAGCAGAGACUUAGGUGGUUGGGUUGCUUGCGUCCCCAAAAAAGGACACAUAGAGAGGAUAGGAGAGGAUGCAAAAGAAGUACUGUAAUAUGAUGUCGAGUCGUAUGUAAUAUGGAAUGUAAGUAAGAAUCUUUAAAUUUUGGCCAGGAUAAUGCUGAAUUUCGGGUGGAUCAAUGUUCAAUGAACAUCAAGAAUGCCUUGCAAAGAGCAGGAAGAGAAGAAGUGAGCCCACACCAGCUGCCAGGCUCACCAGCAGAAGCCCAAAAGGGGUUUCUGGCAACAUGAAAACCUGGAUCCUCAGUCUACUGACAGAGUUUUGAACACUGAGUCCCAGUCGGUUGUGCC